AUGCGGCUUCGAGGUACUGUCAACGCGCCUCAACGUUUGAAAGACGAGGCCACCUACGAGGAAUGUCCGAGACAAUCGCUACGCAGAUCUAGGGAUCCACCACUGCAUCAAUACGUCGACUACAAUCCAAACCUACCUCCCGCUGCAUUUCCGACCCUGAACGAGCCACGAGUUCCUGGGAAGAGGGAUAAAAAAGCUUCCAGGCAGGGGAACACAAUACAGCGCCAAGAUGAGCCGAGACGUGAUCAUCACCCAGAUAGCAGGAUUCACAAUGGGCCCGACAGGAAAAACACGACAACAGGAGUGAACGUGAGAGCCAAACCCGAGAAAUUGCCGGAGGGCUGGGUUAUGGCCGAUGGAGACGAUCAUCCCAUCGCCGUGAGCUGGGUUGCGAGCAAUGGGGACUAUAAUCCCAUCUACACCAGGAAUAUGGACAUGAUGGCGAAUACAGACAGUAAUACGUCCUUUGCGUGCCGUGAUGUGGAGGAAAGCGACCACGAGAUGGAUAGUUCUCCUGAUGGAGGUAUGAAGGAAGCCAUCCCGAUUCAUGACCCUGAAUGGAGCGACCUCUCCCCCAGAAUCCAAGUCGAAAUCGCCGAUAGCCUCCUUCAGCAUUAUAAUUGGCCUACGGUCGUUCAUAUGCUUGGUUUAACGACAAAGCAAUGUGAGAAGACACAAGAGUAUAUGGCUCAACGCGAGAAGCAAUUGGGCUUGGAGGAUGUGCAACUACAGCGAAUGCGGGAGAAGCAGCUCAAAGCGCUUCUGAGGAUAGACAAUAGCGCAUUGAAACACGACAGGUCUCCACACAAGUUCGUGUUUCGUCGGGCCUCUCGACAAUACGGCCGCAGAUUAUCGGACGCCAUAAAAAUGGACUUCUUCUCGUGCUACCCCGGAGAGUUGAUGAAUGCCAGGCGGUUUCUUGAUAAGCGCAGGAUAGACAACGGUUACGCUGGGGAAUGGAGCGACGGUAUAGCUGAUUGGAAAGCAACCGAGGAGGAAAAGAAUCGUACCGUUUCUGAAACAGAGUCACCGUUAGUGAAUGCCUUUGCUUCAAUAGAUGGUUGUGCGGAUGGGGCAGUCCCUGAUUUUGAUCUGCCCGCGUCUAAACGACCACACCUCAACAUAACCAUAUAUCCUGGACCUGCAAAAGACAUAUUUGAGCGCCAGGGUGACCCGGAUCUUUCAAGACUUUGCAGUAUCACCCACCGUGACGCAUUGCUUCAUCCGUGUAUCAAGCCGCUAAAGGCAGUCACUUCACCUCUUCCUAUUAUCUAUCACCUUGUUGAUCCUAUGCCUCCGCAGCCAAGCACAGAAAAACUCGCGGAGUUAGUUGUGAGGGGAAAUCCGGUGCCUGUUUCUACGUGGCUAAGGGACAGACUGAACAAAAUUGGAUUAGAGGUAAAGCAGGGGGUCUCCAGAAGUCUUGAAGAUAAAACGUGGGAGGACGGGAGCGACGAUGACUGGCUAUCUGCGUUCCCUUUAAUGGAACCAGAGCCUAGGUCAUUCGAGAGCCACUCGCAACUGACGCCCCCGGGAAAAGUUAUCCUUGAAAGGAACCCAGACGACCUUCAGGCGAAUGAGCAAUUCUUGGAUUUCGAUGAUAUGAUAGAGAUUGAGGAGGAUGCCACUGGUGAUGAGGUUAUGGUUGACAGCUCAGAAGUCUCGCGUCCACCUUCCCCGUCGCCGUCAAGCCUGGGCUUUAGCGACAAUGUCCGGUCGGCGACUAGCUAUGUUGAGACUACGCCUGAGGCUGGAAAUUCUGAUUGUGAUGAACAGUCUGACGAGGAUGAGGAUGAGAUGGUGCUGGUGCCCACGCCUACACCCUCUCCAACGAAAGGACUUUUAAUGGGGAAUCGGUGA